AUGGCGGCGGAGGGCUGGGACUGUCCCGCCACGCGCGCCCGCCUGGAGGCCGCCUACUUCCCGCCGGGUUGCACCGACCAGGAACGGGAGGACUUCUGGGCUUUCUUCCGGCGGCUGCGCGGCUUCUGCGAGCGGCGGGGCUCCGGGGCGGGGGGCCGACCGGCCUACGACCCUGAGCGCCGCCUGAACCUGCGGCUGCCGCGGCGAGAGGCGGCCGGCGUGUCCCCGGCGCGAGCGCGCCGCUUUGGCCUGGCGCUGCUCCGCUUCCUGGACUUUGCGCAGCGGCGGAGCUUGGCCCGGCUGGCGCGGCUGCUGCGGGAGCGCGCCGCCCUGCCCAUCGCCCGCUCGCGGGAGGCGCUGCUGGCCGCCUUGGCGCGCAGCCCGGUGGUGCUGGUGGCCGGGGACACGGGCUGCGGCAAGUCCACGCAGGUGCCCCAGUUCCUGCUGGCCGCCGGCUACGCCCACGUGGCCUGCACCCAGCCGCGGCGCCUGGCCUGCGUGGCCCUGGCCCAGCGCGUGGCCCGCGAGAGCCUGGGGCGCUUCGGGGACCAGGUCGGCUACCAGAUCCGCUUCGAGAGCGCUCGCUCGCCCGCCACGCGCAUCGUCUUCCUGACCGAAGGGCUGCUCCUGCGCCAGGCCCAGAGGGAGCCCACGCUGCCCGCCUACCGGGUGCUGAUCGUGGACGAGGUCCAUGAGCGCCACUUGCACUGUGACUUCCUGCUGGGCGUCCUGCGCCGGCUCCUGCCUGUCCGGGCUGACCUCAAGCUGGUGCUCAUGUCUGCCACCAUCAACAUCCGGCUCUUUGCUGACUAUUUUGGGGGCGCUCCUGUGAUCCAAGUUCCUGGACGCCUCUUCCCCAUCACGGUCCUCUAUGAGCCCAUCCCCCCUGAGGAAAGCAGCCGUGGGCGCAGGGAGAGGCUGGGCGCCCAGCCCUUCCUGCGGGUGCUCCAGGCUAUCGACCACAAGUACCCGCCAGAGGAGAGGGGAGACCUGCUCAUCUUCCUCAGUGGAGUGGCUGAGAUUGGGGCAGUGGUGGAGGCUGCGCAGUCUUACGCGGCCUUCACUAAGCGCUGGGUGGUCCUUCCUCUGCACAGCACCCUCUCUGUGGCUGAGCAGGACAAGAUCUUUGGCCUUCCUCCACCAGGAGUCCGGAAGUGCAUCAUUUCCACCAACAUUGCCGAGACUUCCGUGACCAUUGAUGGGGUGCGAUUUGUUGUUGAUGCAG